AUGGCCCAUGAUAUCCCAUCCUCGUCGAGCUCUCAUGAUCCCCCACCACUCAACCUCCACGAAAACACAGACCUAUCGACCACCAUACCGCCUCACAACCCAACAUCCACCUCUCCAACAACCAAUACCCAACAACUAGAGGAAGCUUAUACGGCUCUUGAUAUCAACGAACCGGGUGGACUUGACCUGGACUUCGACGACGACUCUGUUGCCACAGUUGAUCAUCGUUUCGCCCUUGUUGGCCGCCUCAUUACCGAAAGGAUCAGAGUGGAAAUGAAGAACUUUGGAGAAAUACUGCUAAUACUUAUUGGCACUUCUCUUGCUCUUCUAAAUGCCUGUAAUGAUAAUUUAGUGAAUCCAACUUUUGUUAAGGAUACCAGUGCAGUUUGCUUAGCUGGAAAUCCGGCAGCAUACUACUACUCAAAAGGAUUUGGAGAGGGCGUUAAUAAUUGGAUUGUGUAUCUUCGUGAGGGAGGAUGGUGUAUGAAUAUCACUGAUUGCAAGGAUUACAUUACACGAAAAGGUGUUGACACCAACCCCAAACCUGUAGCUCUUCGAAAUCUUUUAAGCAACCAAAAAGAAAAAAAUCCUGACUUUUUCAACUGGAAUAGAGUUGAUGUUAGAUAUUGCGAUGCAUCGUCGUUUACCGGUAAUUCCGAAAUAAUCAAAAGUGAUACUAAACUGUAUUUUAGAGGAGCAAAAAUCUUCAACGCUGUAAUUCAGGAGCUAUUAGACAAUGGAAUGGGAAGUGCAGAAAAUGCUCUUUUAGCCGGUAGUUCAGCCGGGGGAGUGGCAACCGCGAUCUAUUGUGACAAAUUUCGACGCCAUUUUUCUAACACUUCUCGAGUAAAGUGUCUUUCGGAUGCUGGAUAUUUUUUCCUAUCGAAAAAGCACGAUCAAGAAAACACAUUUCUGUCCAUGUUUGAUGGUUUGAUCAAAUUACAUGGAUCCAAAAAUGCAUUGCCUACGUCUUGUACGUCGAGAUUAAGUGCAGAAAUGUGUUUCUUCCCACAAAAUUUUCAAGCUGACAUUCAGACACCCAUCUUUUUUUUAAUGUCGGGCUUUGAUCAGAUUCAGAUCCAGUAUACAAUGGUAUCAAAAGAAUUUUAUGCAUGUGCUAUAGGGAGGAACUGUUCUUCGAAUCAAAUUAAGAUCAUGCAAGAACUUAGGGCUGAGCUCUUGUCUUGUUUUGCCUGACCACCACAAUUCAAAAAAAGGAAUUUUGAUUACCUCUCAGUAUGCUCAUACUCAAGCUUUAAGCCCUUCUUGGAAUUCUCAAGCAGCCGGAACUGGGGAGACUAUUGAAAAGCUGUUCAGGGACUGGUAUUUUGAUAUCAAGACUGUUCAUGUGAUCGAUGAUAACCAAUGCCCGUACUAUAAUUGCUUAUUGAAUUAGGCCGGGUCUGUAAGAAA